UUUACAUAUUAUUAUUUUUUGCAUACAACGCAAUGUCAACAAUGUUGCUUAGUUUAAUUAAACGUCAAAGUCUACCAAAGAGAUUAAUACAACGCUCUUUUUCACAAACAACUUUUCGUAGAGAAAGAGUGGUUAGUUACCCAAGAUUCGCGAUUCAUCCGGAAAUACAUGGUCGAUGGGUAACAGCAAAAGACAUGCAACGUUAUCAAACUCUGGAAAAGGGAGAAAAAGUGGAAAAUGAUUUAGUGACCAUAACAGGUAGAAUUGUGUCUAAACGCGAGUCAAGUGGUAAACUUGUCUUUUAUGAUAUUGUCCAAAAUGGAGAAAAUUUGCAAGUGGUGGCCUCACAAAAACGAUUUGGUGGCAGUAAAGAAGAUUUUGCGGAAAAGAAUCGGGAUUUAUGUAGAGGCGAUAUUGUUUCAUUUACGGGUGUGCCUGGAAAGACAGAUCGUGGACAGCUUGGUGUGUUUGUGACCAGAGAAAUGAAAGUUUUGUCACCUUGUAUUCAAGAUAUUCCUCGAACCGGUAUCAAAGAUCCCGAGAAAAGAUUUAGAGCAAGACAUUUAGAUUUAUUAGUCAACCCAGAAUCUGCUAGAAUUUUAAGAACUCGUACCAAAAUUAUCAAAUUCAUCAGACAUUUCUUGGACGAUCGUGAUUUCCUUGAAGUGGAGACACCUGUCUUAUCUGGAAAAGCAGGUGGAGCAAAUGCAAAGCCAUUUGAAACUCAUGCUCAUGCUUUGGAUAUGGAUAUGCAAUUAAGAAUUGCACCCGAACUCUAUUUAAAGCAGUUGGUCAUUGGUGGUAUGGAUCGUGUGUAUGAAAUCGGAAAGCAAUUUAGAAAUGAGGGUAUCGAUGCUGAUCAUAAUCCUGAAUUCACUACCUGUGAAUUUUAUCAAGCUUAUGGAAAUUUAGAAAGUCUGAUGAAUGAUACAGAAACACUGUUGUCAGAGAUGGCAGAACAUGUCUGUGGUGAUACACCCGUUGUCUCUAGAUCAGGAGAUGUUAUUGAUUUUAAGACACCUUUUAAAAGAAUCAAUGUGACAGAUAGGUUAGCAAAAGAACUGGGUACACCACUUCUAUUCCUAGAUAGCCGAGAUGCUCUCGACCAAUUAAUUGUAUUGUGUACAAUACGUGGUAUUAAGAUUUCAGGACCACUAACCCUGUCAAGAAUUUUGGAUAAAUUAAUCUCUGAAUUUAUCGAGCCUGAAUGUAUCCAACCUACCUUUUUAUUUAAUCACCCGCUUGCAUUGAGUCCGUUAGCAAAAGAUGCAGUUGAUCCCAAUGGGCAAACGGUUGCUGCCAGAUUUGAGUUAUUUGUUGGCGGAAAAGAGAUUGUAAAUGCGUACGAGGAGUUAAAUGAUCCAAAUGAGCAGAGACGAAGAUUUAAAUUGCAGUUGAAAGAUAGAGAUAACGGAGAUUUGGAAGCGCCUAUUCCUGAUACUGAUUUUUGUGAUGCAUUAGAGUAUGGGUUACCCCCGACAGCCGGUUGGGGAAUGGGUGUAGAUAGAGUAGUUCAACUAUUGACAGGAGCAAGCCAUAUUCGUGAAGUAUUGGCGUUUCCUGUGAUGAGACCGCUUACAAAAGAAUAAAAUUGAACAAAAAAAAAAA